AUGCAUUGGAACACUCGUUACGGAUCGAUAGAGAGGUGCUUUGACAAAUCAGAUGGAAUCGCGAUACUCUCGUAUCUCAUGCAAGUGGUCGGUUGUCCGGGAAUUCCUGAUAAUCCUUCUCUUGCGCCAAUUAUCGAUAAUUUGGGGAGAAUUAAGAAAAUGGGUAGCAGUACCACAAUUCCAUCUAGCUUACCAACGACAGGUCAAUCUCCCAUUAAUUUAGACGACAGUUUAGUAAGAACACGAAGAUAUCCACCCCUUGUUUUGAAUGGCCAUUGGUUAAACGAUGGAGAAGCACGUUUGUUCAAUUCUGGUAAUACAGCCAAAGUAUUUUUGAGCGGAGACAGAAUUCCGUCGACAAUUUGUGGCGGACCACUUGCCGACGACGUGUACGAAUUGACAGAGGUGCAUUUUCACUGGGGCAAAGAUGAUUGCAGGGGCGCUGAGCACACGAUCAACGACACUUGGUACUCAAUGGAAGGCCACGCGUUACAUUGGAACAGAAAAUACUCAACUACCGAAGAAUGUUUCAGACAUAAAGACGGUUUCUGCAUUUUGGCAUACCUGUUUUUAGUGCAACCAGGUUGUUGUGAUUGCAUUAAUCCACAACUGGAGAGGAUAACGGACUAUUUGAAAGACGUUGCAGACGCGAAUAUGGAAACGAAAGUACCACCUAAUUGUCUAUCCUGGAUGCGCUGGGCGACAUAUUGUACCAGAUAUUACACUUACGCAGGAUCGUACAACGCCGGUGAAUAUCCAGAAUGCGCCACUUGGAUUGUAUUUCCCGUAGUUAUACCAAUUCGGUCCAGUCAAAUCAAUGAAUUUCGAAAGUUGAGAAAUAAGGAUGGCUACAACAUAGAGUCAAAUUGGCGGGAAACGCAAUUACUAAAAUGUAGACAAAUAUAUUUAGCAGUGAACUAUUAG